AUGGUUUGCUUGCUGCUGCUGCUGCUGCUGCUGCCGCCGCCGUUGGCUGCGAGCUUACAAACCGCCGCCAGAGUUUCCCCAGCAACUUCAGCACCUGCCUAUGAUAAAGCUUUGCAGCAACCCAAAGCGGCAGCGGCGGCGGCGCCGGGGACGACGAGGCUCCUCCGACCUUUCUCUUUCCGGGAGCAGCGUCCUAGCGGGGUAGUAGAAAGCAUAGAUCAGACCUACUCCGGAGGAGGCAAGGUGGGUUACAUCCUCUACCUGGAUGGGAAGCGCUUCCUCUUAGAUCUGGAGAAGGACGCGUUGCUUGGAAGCGCCGAGCAGCUUCUCCAGGGCAAGGGUCGCUGCUACUAUCGGGGCACGGUGGAUGGGAGCGCCCAGUCUCUGGCAACCUUCGAUCUCUGUGGUGGCUUAGAGGGCUAUUUUGCGGUCAAGCACGCCCGCUACACAGUGAGACCUUUGCUCCGGGGCCAAGCUGCGAGAGAAGAGGGAAAGGCUUCUCCGGACUGGAUCUAUGGGGAUGCGUCUGCUCAGAUACUCCAUCUCUUCUUCAGGGAUCAUUUCAGCUUUGAAACGCUGCCUUCCCGUCCCAGCUGUGAGACUCGUGGCUCCUCCAGGACCCCACUUUUGGAUGGAAAGAAACUGACCCAAGGGCAGGAAGGGAAGCUGGAGAUAGAUCUGACCACCAGAAUGGCACAUUCCCCUAUCACUAUUGCCCCUCCGGUGGACUCUAGGAAAAGAAGGAAGCGCUCUAUCUCUAGAGCCAGGCAGGUAGAACUUCUCCUGGUGGCUGAUGAUUCCAUGACCAAGAAGUAUGGCAAAGGCCUCCAUCACUAUUUGCUCACCUUGGCCACCAUUGCUUCUCGGCUCUAUGGACAUGCCAGCAUUGAGAAUCACAUCCGCCUGGUGGUUGUGAAGGUGGUGUUGCUGGGGGACAAGGAGAAAGGCCUAGAGAUCACCAAGAAUGCAGCCACCACACUCAAAAACUUCUGCAAGUGGCAGCACCAGCACAAUCAAUUGGAUGAUGACCAUGAUGAGCACUAUGAUGCUGCUGUUCUUUUCACCCGUGAGGAUUUAUGUGGGCAUCAUUCAUGUGAUACUCUGGGAAUGGCUGACGUUGGAACCAUAUGCUCUCCUGAGCGCAGCUGUGCAGUGAUUGAAGAUGACGGCCUCCAUGCGGCUUUUACAGUGGCUCACGAAAUUGGGCACCUCCUUGGACUUUCCCAUGAUGACUCCAAAUUCUGUGAAGAGAACUUUGGUUCCAUGGAAGAUAAGAGACUUAUGUCUUCCAUCUUAACAAGCAUUGAUGCUUCCAAACCAUGGUCCAAAUGUACUUCAGUAACGAUAACAGAAUUUCUGGAUGAUGGGCAUGGUAACUGUUUACUGGAUCAACCACGAAAACAUAUCUUAGGUCCUGAGGAACUUCCAGGACAAACAUAUGAUGCAAUUCGCCAAUGCAAACUGGCAUUUGGACCUGAAUACACAGUGUGUCCUGGAAUGGAUGUGUGCUCUCGUCUGUGGUGUGCAGUCGUUCGCCAAGGUCAAAUGGUGUGUUUGACCAAGAAGCUUCCUGCUGUGGAAGGGACACCAUGUGGAAAAGGAAGGAUCUGCCUUCAAGGGAAAUGUGUUGAUAAGACAAAGAAAAAAUAUUAUUCGGCUUCAAACCAUGGCAACUGGGGAUCCUGGGGACCGUGGGGACAUUGCUCUCGUUCAUGUGGUGGAGGUGUCCAGUUUGCCUAUAGGCACUGCAAUAAUCCAGCACCUAGAAACAAUGGUCGAUAUUGUACAGGAAAACGGGCUAUCUAUCGGUCCUGUAACAUCAUGCCCUGUCCUGCCAAUGCUAAAGCUUUCCGCCAAGAACAAUGUGAAGCAAGAAAUGGUUACCAAUCAGAUCCAAAAGGUGUCAAAACGUUUGUAGAAUGGGUCCCAAAAUAUGCAGGAGUGCUCCCAGGAGAUGUUUGUAAGCUUACCUGCCGAGCUAAAGGAACUGGCUACUAUGUAGUUUUCUCACAAAAGGUGACUGAUGGAACAGAAUGUAGGCCAUAUAGCAAUUCAGUAUGUGUCCGUGGAAAAUGUGUACGAACUGGAUGUGACGGCAUUAUUGGUUCAAAGCUCCAGUACGAUAAGUGUGGGAUCUGUGGUGGAGACAAUUCCAGUUGCACAAAAAUUAUAGGGCACUUUAAUAAAAAGAGUAAGGGUUAUACAGAUAUUGUUAAAAUACCAGAAGGAGCCACACACAUCAAAAUAAGGCAGUUCAAAACGAAAGACCAAAAUAGAUUCACUGCUUACUUGGCUUUGAAAAAGAAAAAUGGUGAAUAUCUUGUCAAUGGAAAAUACAUGAUCUCAACUUCAGAAACCAUCAUUGACCUCAAUGGAACAGUUAUGAACUACAGUGGCUGGAGUCACAAAGACGAUUUCUUGCAUGCCAUGGGACAUACAGGCACCAAAGAGAUCUUGAUAGUACAGAUUCUUGCAACAGAUCCAACUACACCAGUGGAUGUCCGCUAUAGUUUCUAUGUGCCAAAGAAGCAAACCCAAAUGACAAAUUCUGUCACUAAUAACAACAGUAGUAACAAAAUUAGCCCGUCACUUGCUCAACCCCAGUGGAUAACUGGACCGUGGCUUUCUUGUUCUCGAACAUGUGAUACAGGGUGGCAUACAAGAACUGUCCAGUGUAAAGAUGGGAAUGGAAAAUUAGCUAAAGGCUGUCUUCUGUCUCAAAGACCUUCAGCAUUCAAACAAUGUUUAUUUAAAAAAUGUUAGCCUGUGGUUGCAGAUGUCUUCAAAAGGAGUCUUCUUGAAUCUUAUUUGGUAUAUUGACAUAAGAUCUACCCAGAAACAAAAGGAAGACAAUGCAUCAAUAUUCUCUCAUAUUCUUGGCAAUUGUUCUUGGCAGGACAAGCCUAUUUGGACCAAAAGGAGAUAUGAGCUGAGGUGAUCUUAGUAUAUCAAAAGCACUAAGU